AUGACGAACAACACCUGGGGGGCCAACGACGACUUCGUGACCGGCUUCCCGCGCCCGCGGGUGCCCACAAUGUGGAGCCCCGACAUGGAGCGCGACAGCUGCGGCGUGGCGCUGCUGGCCCACAUCGGCGGGCAGGCCUCGCACGCGAUCGUCAGCGACGCCCUGCUGGCCCUGAGCCGCAUGGCCCACCGCGGGGCCAAGGGCUGCGACAACGCCGAAGACGGCGUGGGCAUCAUGCUCGCGCUGCCCCACGAAUUCCUUCGCGCCUGUUGCGAUGAAAAAGAAGAUGGUGAAGUGGAGUGGGCUGAGGGGUCGCGGCAGCGGCUGCCCGAGCCGGGCGGCUACGCGGUGGGCAUGAUGUUCCUGGCAUGGAAGGACGACGAGCGACGCCAAGCCCAGCGAUUGGUGGAGCGGGCGAUCGCCGCCCAGGAGGAGCUCCGGCUGCUCGGGUGGCGUCGGGUGCCAGUCGACGCCGCGAAGGCGCUGGGCCAGGGGCCUGCCAAGCACAACGCGCCCAGCGUGUGGCAAUUCUUCGUCACGCACACCGAGGAUGGUGGCGGGCUGCAGCCAACGAGCACGAAUCCAGCAGAAUUCGAGCGCAAGCUGUACAUCCUCACCAAAGAAAUCGAAAAGCUGGGCAAACGAACGACCGAAGAUGGACCCGACACUGGGUCGCCCCCGCAAGAUGGUGCGGGAACGUUCAAGGGCUACCUGUGCAGUCUGUCCAGCCGUACGGUGGUCUACAAGGGCCUCGUAGACUGCGGCCAGCUGGGCACCUUCUACCCCGACCUCCGCGACCCACGCGUUCAAUCGCACGUCGCGCUCGUUCAUGCGAGGUUCAGCACCAACACCUUCCCCAGCUGGGCUCGUGCGCAGCCCUAUCGUGUGCUCUGCCACAAUGGCGAAAUCAACACGCUCAGAGGCAACAUCAACCGCAUGCGCGCUCGGCAGGGCGUGAUGCACACUCCGCUGUUCCCCGAGCCGGCACAGCUCGAGUCGCUGUACCCCGUCAUUGACGAGACCGGGUCCGACUCUGGCAUGCUCGACAACGCGCUCCAGUUCUACUCGAUCACCAGCUCGCGCUCGCUGCCCGAGGCCCUGGCCACGAUGGUGCCCGAGACCUGGGAGAAGGACGAGCUGAUGGACCGUGACCGCAGGGCCUUCUACGAAUACCACAGCUCGGUCCAGGAGCCGUGGGACGGCCCCGCGCUGCUGGCCUUCACCGACGCGCGCUUCGCCGGUGCCGUCCUGGACCGCAACGGCCUGCGACCGGCCCGCAUCCUGGAGUUGAAGGACGGUCGCGUCAUUCUGGCCUCCGAGGUCGGGCUGCUUCCGGUCGACGCCGACAACAUAGCCAAGAAGACCCGGUUGAAGCCGGGCAAGUUUUUCCUGAUCGAUUUCGAGCAGAAGCGCAUCAUCAGGGACCGCGACUUCAAGCGCUCGAUCGCCACCGCACAGCCCUACGCGCAGUGGCUCGCCCGGCAGAAGGUCGCACUCGACCGCGACCUCAAGCUGCUGUCAGGCCAGGCCACCACCGACCGUGUCGCGGCUGAGCGUCUCCUCACCGCGCCGCAGCUGCAGGCCCUGGCCCCGCUGCUGGCGCCCAUCGAGGAGGGCGAAGCCGCGCUGCAGGCCGACCCGCAGCUCAAGGCCUUUCACUACACCGCCGAGCAGAUCAACAUGCUGCUCACGCCCAUGGGCAAGAGCGGCGUAGAGGCCCUGGGCUCGAUGGGCAACGACGAAGCCCUGGCGUGCCUAUCUAAAACCGGCAGGCGCGUGUCGGAAUUCUUCAAGCAGCUCUUCGCGCAGGUGACCAACCCGCCCAUCGACCCCAUCCGCGAGACCGUCGUCAUGGCCCUCAACACCUUCAUUGGUCCUGAGGGUAAUGUGCUCGUACCUGAGGAGGGUCACUGCCACCGGUUGCAGAUCCAGUCGCCCACGCUCACCACGCCGGAGUUCCUCGCCAUCGCUGCCCUGCCGCAGACCAACCCUGGAUUGGGGUGGACCACCAGCGUGGUCGACAUUACAUACCCACUCGACCAACGCCUGGACGAAGCGAUCGAGGCGCUGUGCGAAAAGGCCGAGGAGGCCGUCGCCCAGGGUGCCCACUUCCUCAUCCUCUCCGACGUCUCCGCAGGCGCCAAUGCGCUGGCGGUGCCCGCCUUGAUGGCGACGGGCGCUGUGCAUCACCACCUGAUCAAGCGGCAGCUCCGGUGCAAGUGUGCGCUGGUGGUUGCCUCGGCCGACCCACGGGACGUGCACGACCUCUGCCUGCUGGUCGGGUUCGGCGCCGACGCCGUGUAUCCCUAUAUGGUCUACCGAUGCUUCAUCGCUCUCGGCGACGAGCUCCAGCACGACGGCGAGAAGGAGAAGGAGUUGACGGCGUCGUCAUCGCCUCAGCAGCCGCAGUCGCAGCUCAAGAAGGACCUGCUCACGCCGUGCCCGGCCAUCGGCAAGUACAGGUCGGCCGUCGACAAGGGCAUACUGAAGGUAUUCGAAGCCGUGGGUCUGGGCCGCGACGUGGUCAAGACCUGCUUCGAGGGCGUCUCCUCUCGCCUCUCCGGUCUGUCCUUCCGCCAUUUCGACGCGACGCUGCGCGGGUGGCACGAAAAGGGCUACGGAGCUGGUGCGCUCAAGACGCUGCCCAAUGCGGGUCAGUACCACUGGCGCGCCGAGGGCGAGGCGCACGCCCACGACCCAACUGCGAUGGCGAAGCUGCAGGAAGCUACGCGGACCAACAGCAAGGAGGCGUUCCGAAGCUACUCGGAGCUGGCCGACGCCAACACCAGGCGAUGCAUGCUGCGGGGCCUCUUCUCCUUCCGCGCUGGCUCCCCCAUUCCCAUCGAUGAAGUCGAGCCCGCCGCAGCUAUUGUAAAACGAUUCUGCACGGGCGCAAUGUCGUACGGCUCCAUCUCCAAGGAAACGCACGAGACCCUGGCUGUGGCGAUGAACCGCGCCGGCGGUCGCUCCAACUCGGGCGAGGGCGGCGAGGACUACGAGCGGUUCCAGCCGCUGGCCAACGGCGACUCCAAGCGCUCGGCCAUCAAGCAGUGGCCUCGGCCCGGUUCGGCGUGA